GUCGCUUUCUACGCUUUCUAAUAUGUGUCAUAUGAUCAUAUAGUAAGGAUCGAUCGCAAUAUCGGGGGAGUGUCUUUUACAUCGUUUUAUUUAAAUGAAAAUAUUACAAGAAAAGAUGUUGAAUUUAUUUAUCUGUUUUGUAUUCACUUUGGCUGGAGUUUAUGCCAAUGGUGAAUUUGUUGUACUUCAUAGUCCAGAUAGUGUAUCUUUUCAUGGAAAUGAAAAGAUCUUACAAAGCUUACUGAAAGAAAUUUUUACAGCUUCCUUGGGUUUCACCAUUAAACAAAAAGGAACUUGGGAAGGUAUUUCUAUCAGAGAUCCAUUUUCACUACCAGAAGCUAUCGUUAGUAUUGCGGUAGAAGGAGUUGAUAAAUUAGAUGUGCCAAAUGGAAAAAAGUUUCAAUUAAAUGACGAUGAAAUUGAAGAAACAACGUGGCAAGCAAUUAGUGGGCGACUUGCAGAAAGAGAUAAUGAUAACACAUUAGUCAGAAUUUAUCUAGGAGAUGGUCUUGAUGCUCUUGGACAAUCUGCACUUGGUGAGUUGAAACCAGUCCCGAUAGAUGAGUCAUCUUUAAAAGCACUACGUUUAACAAAUGAAGAAGACCAAAAAUUUCUUGAAGAGAUACAAUUACUUCAUGCAAUUGCAAAGAAAGUACCUACAGCAAUUAAAGCAGAUGACAAACCAGAUGUUUACUGGUUGGUAGUCUCAGGAUUACGUCCUGUACUUGAUUUACAUGGGAAAAACUCAACAGCUGCUAAGGAAGCUCUUCUUCUCUUGAAUAAUGCUUUUAAUGGUAUUAGUGAGGCAUUUACGAAGGCUUAUGAUGACAAAGUUGUAAUCACAGCGUUUACAAAUGAUGCAAGCCUAGUACGUCAUACUCGUUCCAUUUCUUCUGAUAGGCAACGUAGAGAAGCACAGGAUGAUAGGCAUAAAAACGUAGUAUCCAUGGUGGAAUCCAGUAAUACUGAAUUUAAUAGUAAUAACAUUAUUAAAAAGCAAGCUGACCAAGAAGAAGAAAACAGAAAUAUAAGUGAUGAAGAAAACAUAGAGAUUAAUAUUCAUAGUACUAGCGAAAUCAACAGUGAUGUCAGCAGUACCACUGAAUAUAGCGACACCAAUGCUGAUAGUGGAAGUACUGAAAAGUCUGAACAAGACUUAGCUAAAAUGGAAAAUAAAAUAAAUACUAACACAAAAAGUGUAGGACAGGAUGAAUGGAACCAUGCUAAAUAUUAUACUUACAAUUAUCCAGUUAUAUUUAAUAUCUUUUUAUGGUUUGGAGUAGUCUUCGUAUUCUCUCUUCUUGCUAUUUGCAUUGCAAUCGCGGACAUGGACCCAGGUCGUGACUCCAUUAUAUACAGAAUGACGUCGAAUCGUAUGAAAAAGGAUAAUUAAUUGUGAAUACAUAAGCAAGUAGGUAUUCAAAAAUAAAAUACGCUAAAUAUUAUAAUAAAUGUUGCUUUCCUUAGAAACAAAAAAAUUUAAUUGAAAUGUGAAGAAUGUAAAUAAUAAUAUAUCUAUGUUUAUACAUUUCCAAAUGUAUUAGAUGGAAUAUUAAAAGGGGAAUACAUCUGAAUGUUUUGUAUUGUUUAUAAAUAAACGAAAUUUUUAGAAAAAAGUAAUUCUGAGCAUUCAGGUGUUCCCAUUUAAACGCAACUUAGCAUUCAGGUGUUCCCAUUUAAACGCUUCAUCUUAUGUACAUACAUUAAAUGUGUAUAAUCUAAUAUUACUUAAAGAUAAUAGAUUACUUUAUAUAACA